AUGUCCGAUAGUCUGGAUAUUGAAGAGAAACCUCCAGCCCCACCGUUGAGAAUGAACAGCAACAAUCGCGAUUCUUCAGCACUAAACCACAGCUCAAAACCGCUCCCCAUGGCCCCUGAGGAGAAGAACAAGAAAGCCAGGCUUCGCUCCAUCUUCCCAGGAGGAGGGGAUAAAACCAACAAGAAGAAAGAGAAAGAACGUCCUGAGAUCUCUCUUCCUUCAGACUUUGAACAUACCAUUCAUGUGGGAUUUGAUGCCGUCACUGGAGAAUUCACACCAGAUCUCUAUGGCUCACAGAUGUGCACAGGGAAGCUCCCAGAGGGCAUUCCAGAGCAGUGGGCCAGGCUACUACAGACCUCCAACAUAACAAAACUGGAGCAGAAGAAGAACCCACAGGCUGUUCUAGAUGUUCUCAAAUUUUAUGAUUCCAAAGAAACAGUUAACAACCAGAAAUAUAUGAGCUUUACGUCAGGAGAUAAAAGCGCCCAUGGAUACAUAGAAGCCCAUCCUUCGAGCACAAAAACAGCAUCAGAACCCCCGCUAGCUCCCUCUGUUUCUGAAGAAGAGGAUGAAGAUGAUGAAGAGGAGGAAGAUGACAAUGAACCUCCACCUGUUAUCGCACCACGGCCUGAACAUACAAAAUCAAUCUACACACGCUCUGUAAUUGAACCUGCCGCUGCACCAGCACCGGCUAAAGAAGCCACCACUCCCCAACCUGAAAACUCAAACACAAACACUUUGUACAGAAACACAGACCGGCAGCGAAAAAAAUCCAAGAUGACAGAUGAGGAGAUCCUAGAGAAACUGAGGAGCAUUGUGAGUGUGGGAGAUCCUAAGAAGAAAUACACUCGAUUUGAAAAAAUUGGCCAAGGGGCAUCAGGAACUGUUUAUACAGCAAUCGACAUCGCCACGGGGCAAGAGGUGGCCAUAAAGCAAAUGAAUCUCCAACAACAGCCCAAAAAGGAACUAAUUAUUAAUGAAAUCCUGGUCAUGAGGGAAAAUAAGAACCCCAAUAUUGUUAACUAUUUAGACAGCUACCUAGUCGGUGAUGAACUCUGGGUGGUUAUGGAAUACUUGGCUGGAGGCUCUUUAACCGAUGUUGUUACAGAGACAUGUAUGGAUGAAGGACAGAUAGCAGCUGUCUGUAGGGAGUGCCUGCAAGCACUGGAUUUCCUUCAUUCAAACCAAGUGAUUCACAGAGACAUCAAAAGCGACAAUAUUCUUCUUGGAAUGGAUGGAUCUGUCAAAUUGACUGAUUUUGGCUUCUGUGCUCAGAUCACCCCUGAGCAGAGUAAACGGAGCACAAUGGUUGGGACUCCUUACUGGAUGGCACCAGAAGUGGUGACAAGAAAAGCAUACGGCCCCAAAGUGGACAUCUGGUCACUUGGGAUCAUGGCAAUAGAAAUGGUGGAAGGAGAACCUCCUUACCUUAAUGAAAAUCCUCUCAGGGCGCUGUAUCUGAUAGCUACGAACGGGACACCAGAGCUGCAGAACCCCGAGCGACUGUCCGCCGUGUUCCGCGACUUUCUGAACUGCUGCCUGGAGAUGGAUGUGGACAGGCGAGGGUCUGCCAAGGAACUUCUGCAGCAUCCAUUUUUAAAAUUAGCCAAGCCUCUCUCCAGCCUGACUCCUCUGAUCAUUGCAGCAAAGGAAGCGAUUAAGAACAGCAGCCGCUAGCACUUCAGGCCGGCUUUCUCCCAUGCCAGCUCAGAGCAGGACUGAGAACAAAAACUCUAUAAAACCUCAACUCUUGUGCUGCAGGACAGAUGGACGGAUGAACAAAUCAACGGUCACAGUCAUGGUGGUAGGAGGGAGAACAACCCAGUCCCUCAAGGAGUAAAAUAUUA